CGGAUAGUAACUUGAACAAUUUUCGUCAGGUUUGUAAGUAUAGUACUUACUUUGCAUGCUGCAAUACCGAAACAAAAAUAAACGAACAUGUCACAUUUAAAGAUAUAUCAGUCGUUUCCGGUGCUAGUGGCAGCAUUUAACUGUAAAGUCCGUCGUUGCUUCGAUUCAAUGUUGCCAUGGUUACGCAGUUGGCGCUUCCACUAGGGACGCGGGAAAGCCGUCAAACAUGGCGAGGAAAAAACAAACCAAGGACAAGGCAGAGAAGACCACCUCUGAAGUUGAAGAGGCGGCCCCGGUACAAGCAGCAGCAACUACGAAUGAAACACCGGCUACUCGAACGUUUGAUGGUUAUCAGUGUUCUGGCAAUGUGACAACCGAUUUUCCUGCGCUCUGUGCUCUUUUGGAUAUGAAAACUAUUCCAACGUUGAAGACCAAAUCUGCCUCCUCCACCUCAGAAUUCAAGGAAGGUGGCAGACUGUCCCACAAAAAGGCUGCACGUGAUGUGUUAAAGCCAAGUCUGCAAGUGGAGCUUGAGAAUGGAGACCCUUACAGCACUAAGACCAUGAAGGUUUUUGGAUGGAAAGCAGAAGAGCCGAUUAUCAGAGUGUUGAGCAAGAUGAUUUCUUCCAUGCAAACACUGCAGAGCCUUUUUUUCUGGCAGGCAGGACUGACUGAUCCAAUGAUUGUCACACUGUCAGACGCCUCAUGUUUAUGCAUGAGCCUCAGGAUUAUAACUUUAGAAGGCAACCCCCUGUUACAUCAAAGCCACCACCUUCUUUUGUCUGAAGGAAGUCUCCUCACUCAUCUAAACCUGCGCAACAACCAAAUUAGAGAUGAGGGCGCAAAUCGUCUUGGGGCUGCACUCUCAACGAGCAGAUAUGCAAACUGGAGCCUCAUUUCACUCAACUUAUCAUUCAACCAUAUCGGGGAUUCAGGUGCUGCGUAUAUUGCAAAGGGCCUGCGUUUCAAUCGUUCGUUGCUGUUCCUCUCACUUUCCAACAAUCAGAUUGGUGACUCAGGAGCUACUGAACUUGCCAUGGUUCUUGGCGAGGUUGUGCUUACUCACGAAGAAAUUGUUGAAAGGCGAAAACUACUCAUGGAGAAAAUGCAUUGUUCCUCUGCUGCAGUCGAUGUUGUCCAAUCAUCUGUUGCCAAUCUGUCUACUGACCAGCUCCCUUCUGUAGCCAGCGCCACUUCACUUAAUGCCAACAAAGGGGAGAGCAAAAUCACUGCUAAAAAGCGGGAAUCUUCAAAACCAGAUGGGAAACGUGCUCCAGCCAAAGACCAAAAGUGUCCAAAGAAAGCAGAAGGUCAAGACAUUGAGGAAAAAACACAAGUGAAUGAACCAGAGCACAAAAGACCAGUGGAGAUGGCGAGCUUGCUCGUGACUGAGUCGCUAGAGCAGAGGAACGGAGAACUCAUUCUGCCGGGAAACACGAGCCUAGCCUCCCUCAACCUCGCAGCUAAAAGAAAGAAGAGACGGAAGCCCUUUCUCGACAUUUUCAUCGUUAUCUACCGUGGAUUGGGAAGUUUUAAGACUGGCAAUGCCCGAUUUCCUGUGGCGUGAUCCUUCACCGGUGGAUAAACGCGUAAAAGGAAGCUUGUUUACUUACCCGACGAUGGAUGAGUUGAAUGAGAGAAGAAUUCUGUUCAGCGCUACCUGGGAGACGAAAUCUUCAGCCUCGGGUCGUUGGUUUUUACGUGCCAGUCUCCGUGCUCCAAAAAUCACCGGUACCUAUACGGCUCAGUGGACCGAGCCCGAUGUCUUUUCCCUGGAGUCUUUCAACGAUGAAUGCGGGGUGUUUACACCGUUGGUGGUCGUACCCAUCGUGGCAUGGCGAGAGCGAAUGGCGUCGAUGAAGGAGAAAAUAAACGACUUGUUCCGAAGCAGUCGACAAUGGAAAAGCAUGCUGACGACGAGAAGAAAGUUGUCCUUUGAGACCACACCCCCGACGGAGGACGAAAGGACCUCCCCCGCUUCAGUUUCAACCAAUAACCUUCAAGGAAACACCCCCUCCUCCGACUCGUCCAAUACCCUUUGAAAAUCAUAGCGUUAGUUUGAUUGGUCGAGACUUUUUUUUUCGACCCUCCCUAUAAAAACAACCCCCACCCUGCAAUUUUUUUUUCGACCAGACCAUAUUGGCUCCCUUUUUUGAACGCACGGAUCUCAAACAAGAAAAUGGCAAACAAGACCAUCAGACGCGUAAAGACCCGUCUUAUACCACAGGACGAUUUCAAACCAUCCGUAAACACGACUGAUGAAGCAAACAUGGCCGAGAUCUUUAACCCUCCUGAAACGACGGCUGGAUCGGAGGUGGUGAGCGACGAUGAGACGUGUCGCUUCGGCAGAUGUUUCUGCAGAUGGGGGGUGAAAACCGACAACGCUACGCAGUCUUUGCCAGAUGACGAUAGGAAGGAGGAGGAAAAGGAGAAUGACCUGAUCAUCAUAACACCUCCGCCGUCCCCGCCACCACCCCUGUCACCACCCCUGUCACUCUUGGACCCCCCCGUUGCACAUCGAUGAUGAAACCGAUGGGGGGAAGUGGUUGCUUUUCACCAGCACGGUGAAAACGGCCGUGUUUCAUCUCCUCAACGAGGCCAUCCGCCAGUUCAGGCAGAGCGAAUGUUACGGUUGUCGGGUGAACCAUCCGAGCCAGAGAAACCACCCGUGCCUGGAACCCUAUGAAGAGGACUUUCUCCUGUACAACUACGACGGACUCAUCAAGACUCUGCGUACGUCUAAAUUCAUUCAAGCCAUUCAACGCUUGCUGAUGCUUCGUCGCAUCGAGGCUGAGGAUUCAAGGGUCGAAUCCUACGCCGACUCUCUGCUGUCUCAACUGAAAUCUGAGAGAAAUGUCUGGUGGGCCAUAGAUGACGUGUACAACGAGUUGGUACGGGGUGAUGAAACGAUUUUGAGACAUCUGGAUAUGGUGACAGAGUGUUGGAAUAAUUACAAAAAAGAUGGGUAAUUAUUGGAGAAAACUUGUAAACUCUAUCGAGAACCACGCUGUUAUUUACCCGUUGAUUGACGCGAUGGAAGCGUAUGUUCUAAAACGAGACAAACCUCAAAAACUACAAAUUAUUCUUGAUUAUGCCCGCUCUAAGCCUACCUGGGAAGCUACCUGGAAAUCCGUUGUCUCUCAUGCUUUUGACUUUGACAUUUUUGAAACAAUUUUGAAGGAAUGGUCUAAAGAAAAGUCUUUUCAACCUUCUCCUUAUCACGUGUUCAUUUUAUAUGCUCUGUUUGUUGAUAUGUCGAUGUAUCGUCUACGAUGCGACAUCCCCGUCAACGUUUUGUUUGAACUACAAAAUCUGCACGAAGCGAUUAAAUUCACCUACGGUAUACCUGUUUUACAUCAAACCUUGAUUAUAGUUUAUAGUUUAUAGAAAAAUUGUUUUAGAUUCGCUGUGUGGUGUCCAUGAAUGAAUAAAAACAAACUGUUUUAGAUUCAUUGUGUUGUUUCCAUGAAUGAAUAAAAGAAAUGUGUACCAAGCAACACGAGUUCAUUUCUCUUUGUCUUUCCACAAUGGAGAAAGCUAUGGAAAAAGCAUACUAUACACCCGCACACCCGGGUAGUUUUGGAGGGGUAGAUCGACUCCGUCGAGCUGUGCAGGAUGAAACGGGGCAACGUGUCACAAAAGAAAAAGUUCAAGAAUAUUUAACGGGACAGGACGCCUAUACACUCCAUAAACCGGUUCGCAUUCAUUUUCCAAGAAACAGAGUCUUUGUCCCGCGACCUUUAACCCAGUUUCAAGCCGACCUCUGUG